AUGGGGAACAAGCGCCUACCGGUGAUGCAAGUGCGUCUUGUCAAGUACCAUAACCCCGUCGCGUCCCUGGCCCCCAACGAGCUGGAGGUGAUGCUCGAGCUCAAGGGCAUCUCCUCCUUCGCCGACAGGGCAGGCCUGGACCUCGUCGCCGUCAUCGACGUCAGCGGCAGCAUGGGAGGUGACGGGCUCGCCAAGGUGAAGUCAGCCCUGCACUUCGUCAUCCACAAGCUCAGCGGCCUCGACGACCGCCUCAGCAUCGUCACCUUCUCCGACAACGCCGCUCGCCUCUGCCCGCUGCGCUUCGUCACGGAGUCCGCCCGGGACGAACUCAAGGCCCUCGUGGACGGCCUUGUGACCGACGGGACGACCAACAUGAAGGCCGGCCUCGAGACCGGCCUCAGUGUUGUCAACGACCGAAGGCUAACAGCCGGCCGCGCCGUCAACGUCAUGCUCAUGUCCGACGGCAUGCAGACCCGCGGCGGCGACGCAAAAGACGUCGAGCUCAAAAACGUGCCCGUCUACACCCUUGGCUUCGGCACGCACCACGACCCCGACUUAAUGGAAGCGAUCGCGCGGAAGAGCCUUGGCGGGACGUACAACUACGUCGCCGGCAGCGCCAACCUCACAGGGUCCUUCUCCUAGAUCCUGGGCGGCCUCCUCAACAUCGUCGCCCAGGACCUCGAGCUCACCGUCACGCGGUUCCAGGGCGAGGCCACCAUCAAGAGGGUGGACGCGGCCUACCCGCGGACCGACAUUUCCGGCGACAGCUCCUCCGUCACCGUCAGCUUCGGCACCCUCUACAGCUCAGAGGUGCGCAGGGUCAUCGUCUACCUCGCGCUCGGCGACAAGACCGCCUCCCGCCAGCACGAUGCCAACGUCGGCAUGGCCCAUUACAGGUUCACCUUCCAGACCCAGCAGGUGACCUCCAACCCCGAUCUGAUCACCGUACACCGUACGUGGAGCGCGCCAGGCGCCGACACGAAGCCACGGCCGGUGGAGACCGAGCUGGCCCGGCAGCACUACGCAGACUUGAUCAGGGAGGCCACCAAGAUGGCCGAGGCCAACGACAUGGAGAAUGCGCAGUACAAGCUGGAGGCGGCGCAGAGAGCGCUGGAGAACAACCUCGACCAGGCGAACCCGAUGCUGGCCAAGCUCCUGGAGGAGCUGCAGAAGCUGCGGAGGUUCAUGGAGGAGUGGCGCCUCUACAUGACAGAGGGCCGCCUCUGCGCCGCCUCCACGCUCACCUCCCACGACCUCCAGCGCGACACCGUCAAGGGGGAAGCCGACACCACGGGGCCCUAUGUCACGCCACGCAUGCGCAACUACGUCGAGCAGGCCCAGGAGUUCGACAAGAACCCCGAGGCAGCGCCGCCGCCACCCGCCAACGAAGACGACCCGGAGCCGGAGGUGGUCGAGGCACCCGCCGAGGACAACGUCCCAGAGGUUCCGCCAGACGUGGCGGCGGGGGAAAGGAGGACGCUGUCGGCGGCGCUUCGGGUGGCGACGGCGGUGCUAAGCCUGGCGGCCUUCGUGCUCAUUGCCAGCGUCCGCACGUCCGGAUGGGACAGCGACCGCUACGACCUCUACGAACAGUACUACAGGUACGCUGUCGGUGUGAAUAUGGUAGUCUGCAUCUACUCGACCGCGCAAGCAAUCGUCGAAAUCCACCGCCUCGUUUCGCCAAGGUUUGCUCCUCGGCACCCAAUGAUCUACUGCGUCAGCCUCUUCCUGGAUCAGGUGUUGGCGUACCUCCUCAUGUCGGCCUCGUCGACGGCGGCGUUCGGCAAGGAGCCACUCAACACGAAGAUCAACAACGCGGUGUGGCAGUCGUUCCUUGGCUUCCUCGCGCUGGCCGCCACCGCGCUCAUCUCCAUGGACAAUCUCUUCCGCCGCAUGGUCUGA